AUGGCCAUUGUUAUCACAGCCUCAGUUGCAGCUUUUAAUUUUGAUCUAAAUAGUUUGCAGCUAUUAAGCGUAAAAGAUAGCGACGUCCUGGAAAAAAUUGGUGUAAAAAGCCAUGACAAGAUCUACGUAAAGGAUCUCGGCCCACAGAUCGGCUGGACAACUGUAUUUUUAGCUGAAUAUGCAGGUCCUCUGGCCAUCUACCUGUGGCUUUACCAGCGACCUUGGCUCUUCUACGGUGACAAGGCAGUUUUGGAACCAGUGUCCAUGUGCACACACAUCGCUGCUGGGUGCUGGUCCUUCCACUACGCAAAACGAAUUUUGGAGACCUUGUUUAUUCAUCGGUUCUCCCAUGGCACCAUGCCGGUUUUCAACCUCUUCAAGAACUGUGGAUACUACUGGGGUUUCACAGCUUAUGUGGCCUACCAUGUCAAUCAUCCCCUCUUCACAACCCCAAGCGACCUGCAGGUGUACUCCUCCCUGGCUGUUUUUGUUCUGUGUGAGUUGGGCAACUUCAGCAUCCACGUGGCCCUGAGGAACCUUCGACCCCCAGGCACUAAGGAGAGGAAAAUUCCCUACCCUGACAGCAACCCCCUCACGCUGCUCUUCAAUGCUGUCUCUUGCCCCAAUUACACCUAUGAAGUCGGGACAUGGUUGGCAUUCACAAUCAUGACUCAGUGUCUGCCAGCUGGAAUGUUUGCUCUCUGUGGCUUCUACCAGAUGGCAGUGUGGGCAAUGGGAAAGCACCGCAACUACAAGAAGGAAUUCAAAAAUUACCCUCGUAGGAAGGCUAUCAUUCCCUUCCUUCUGUAAAACAUAUCAAAUGAAGUUCUUCAAGAGAUCAAAUUUCAUUAUCAAAAUAGCUUGUUUAUGCUUAUACUUCCUGUCUUCAAAUAUGGUAAAUGUAUCAUGAAAGUGACUGGAUAUUCUGUGGAGAGAGAAAAUUACUUCAUGUUAAUUUUGACACAACUAAUAUUUAAUAUCAAUGUAAGUCAUUGAAUUGCUAUUUGAUGUGCAUUAAGAUAAUGGCCAAUCCAUUUCACACACAAAUGAAGAGUGUGAUUGCUUCAUUCUGUUUAUUUUAGAAUGAAUAAGAUUCAAGUUCAGAUGCACACAUAUAACAGUUUAGUUGUAAAUUAGGUUAUAGAUGUAAAUGUUUGUUUCAGAUUAUCUGAUUUGCAGUGAGGACCCAGGUGCAUAAAUGUCUUUUCCCUCUCAUUACCUCCAGCACAUUCUCAGUGUUUUAGCACAUUUCUAUUAAUAUUUAAUUAACUGUAUAUUAUGGGUUAAAAUAGAGAUGAAAAGAGUUGUUCUGUACCUUCAUAGAUCUGAAUGCAGGUUUAUGAUAUGGUACAGCCAGUAUUAUAAUUUUACAGCUAUUCGUAUAUGUACAAAUGUAAGGUUAACAACAGUAAAGUAAGGGAUACACAUGUCUCCUCUGUAUUCUAGAGAUGUUUUCUCAGUGUUUGCUAACCAUUGCCAUAUAAUAAAAUAGAUACUAAACUAUAACAUAUUGGACUUAAGUGAUCAUUCACAUGUCAAAUGAUGAACAGCUAUACAUGUGUGUAGAGGGAGUGCGGUGACUAAAUUGAUUAAGUGUAGAUGGAAGUUUGUAUUUGUAAAGAAAUUUCAUAGAGAAAUAAAUUUACCCAUGAGAAAA